AGGCGAAGGCAAAGACGUGUCAGGUUUGCGGCGGCUCUGCAGAGACGCGCAAGAUGGCGACUCCCUCAGGUUCUGGUGAGGCCGACGAGCUUUUCGACGUGAGGAACAACUUCUACAUCGGGGCCUCGCAGGCGGCCAUCAACGAGGCGCAGCGAGUCAAGCCAUCCAGUCCAGAAAAAGAAGUAGAGCGGGACAUCUUCCUGUACCGUGCAUACAUUGCACAGCGCAAGUAUGGCGUGGUGCUGGAUGAAAUCAAGCCCAGGGCUUCUCCGGAGCUCCAGGCUGUGCGGAUGUUUGCUGAAUAUCUCUCCAAAGAGAGUCAAAGGGAUGCCAUUGUGGCAGAGUUAGAUAAGAAGAUGGGCAAGAGCAUGGAGGUCACUAACACGACCUUCCUGCUGAUGGCGGCUUCAGUCUACUUCCACGACCAGAACCCCGAUGCGGCGCUGCGGACCCUUCACCAGGGCGACAGCUUGGAGUGCAUGGCCAUGACUGUCCAGAUCCUACUAAAACUGGAUCGUCUGGAUUUGGCCCGAAAAGAGCUUAAGAAGAUGCAGGAACAAGAUGAGGACUCCACGCUGACGCAGCUGGCAACCGCAUGGGUGAACCUUGCGAUGGGUGGUGAAAAAUUGCAGGACGCUUAUUACAUCUUCCAGGAGAUGUCGGAGAAGUGGUCACCCACACUGCUGCUCCUGAACGGCCAAGCUGCCUGCUACAUGGCUCAGGGCAAGUGGGAAGAUGCCGAAGGGGUGCUCCAGGAGGCUCUCGACAAGGACAGCAGCCAUCCUGAGACCCUGAUCAACUUUGUAGUCCUCUCACAACACCUGGGGAAACCCCCAGAGGUGACCAACCGCUACCUGUCGCAGCUCAAGGAUGCCCAUAAAAAUCAUCCGUUCAUAAAGGAGUAUCAAGCUAAGGAGAAUGACUUUGACCGCCUGGCCUUACAGUAUGCUCCCUGUGCAUGAUACCUCAAGCCUACAGCAUCUUGUGAAGUUGGAUUCUGCCCAAACACCUUGCAGGAAUCCCCCUCUCUGUCCUAGUACAAGCUGGACAUUUCCCUCAGUUGGCAACAGGCAGCAGAGCAAUCCAGGUUUUCCGCUGCCAUUUCUCCAGUGUCUUUGGGCUCUUGUUUUAAGCAAACACAGGGUGGAAUAGAGACUUGGAAAUUCCAGAUCUUUCAACAUUCUCAGUAAAUCCUCCAUUAGGUUUGCCUGUAAGACAGUUUCCAGUUUGAAAACAUUGACUACCUUUGUAUCAGAUUAUUGAUCCAGUGAGCCGGUUCCUCCUCCGAGUGGCUCCCCCAAAUCUGUGUUGGGGAAGGAGCCUUCCCAUACCUGUUUCCUGGAUUCUUUUCACAGACACAGCUGCACGUUGAGCAUGGGCCCUUUUCAGGACAUGCAUGAUCCUCCCUGGGUAUUUUAAGGAUCUUUCUUUUUCUCUCAUUUGUAACUGAAGCACAGGUUACCCAGCAGGUUCCUCUGUAGUGAAAAAAAUGUGAUUUUGCUGGCUUUUUAAGAUGGAAGUUGUAGUCCAAACUGUCUGCAAGGCUUGGGGAAGUUUGUCCUAAAUUUCCUCUUGUAGGCCAGGUAAUGGCACAUGCAGGGUUAAAGUUUAAGAGUGGCUGGGCUUGCAUAAUCCUGGUUAGCUGAACCAGAGUGAGAGAAAGUUUGUGAACCCUUUAGAACUGUCCAUCACCCUGCAGCACUAAGAUUCCCAACAUGAUCUAAAAUGGUAUUAGGUGGAAAGACUCUGUUAAAUAAAAAAACCCACACCAAA